CUCCAGCUCCCUUCUCCAUCAAUUGGACCUCCUGCCCUGCCCAGAAUGUUGUUCCGCACUGCGUGGGCCCGUCAAGCCGCGCCUUUGAGGCGUCACGCUUUCACUCCCCUUGCCCGUCGUUCCGUCACCACCGACGCCGCCUCGUCGCAUGCUGAGAACGUUCCGCAGGAAGAUGACAAGCCUUUCACUGUCCAGCUCUCCGAUGAGAGCUUUGAGACCUAUGAGAUCGAUCCCCCUCCCUACACCCUGGAGGUCACCAAGAAGGAGCUGAAGCAGAUGUACCAUGAUAUGGUCUCGACCAGGCGCAUGGAGAUGGCCGCCGAUCGUCUCUACAAGGAAAAGAAGAUCAGAGGUUUCUGCCACUUGUCGACCGGCCAGGAAGCCGUCGCGACUGGUAUCGAACACGCCAUCACCCGUGACGACAAGAUCAUCACUGCCUACCGUUGUCACGGUUACGCUUACAUGCGCGGUGGUACCAUCCGGUCCAUUAUCGGAGAGUUGCUCGGUCGCCGUGAGGGUAUCGCCUACGGAAAGGGCGGUUCCAUGCACAUGUUCGCUCCUAACUUCUACGGUGGUAACGGUAUUGUCGGUGCUCAGGUCCCUGUUGGUGCUGGCCUUGCUUUCGCCCAGCAGUACAACGAGGAGCCUACUACUAGCAUUGUCCUCUACGGUGACGGUGCUUCCAACCAGGGUCAGGUCUUUGAGGCCUUCAACAUGGCCAAGCUCUGGAACCUUCCAGUUCUGUUCGGGUGUGAGAACAACAAGUACGGUAUGGGUACUUCCGCCGCUCGUUCCUCCGCCUUGACCGAGUACUACAAGCGUGGUCAGUACAUCCCUGGUAUCAAGGUUAACGGCAUGGACGUCCUUGCCACCAAGGCUGCCGUUCAAUACGCCAAGAACUAUGCUGUCUCUGGCAACGGCCCUCUCGUGAUGGAGUACGUCACCUACCGUUAUGGAGGUCACUCCAUGUCCGACCCCGGUACCACCUACCGUAGCCGUGAGGAGAUCCAGCGCAUGCGCAGCACCAACGACCCCAUUGCCGGUCUCAAGCAGAAGAUCCUUGACUGGAAGGUCAUGACCGAGGAUGAGCUCAAGGCUCUGGACAAGGCCGCUCGUGCCUUUGUUGACGAGGAGGUCGCCAUCGCCGAGGCCAUGCCCGUUCCUGACAACAGCACUCGUAUCCUCUUUGAGGACAUCUACGUCCGUGGCAGCGAGCCCCGGUGGAUGAGGGGUCGCACCGUUGAUGAGACCUUCUACUACUAAGUAUGACGCGAGAUGGCUUCUCAUCGGGGGUGACAACGACGGAGGAAGUAUAAAAACAAUUAAAUUGGCAGGCUCCUAUGCAGCAUUACCAUGCACGUUUACUAUGUAAUUUAGCCGGGGAUUUAUAUCUUUAUUUUUGCAUUAUUCUCCUAUAACGUUAGGAAUAUACUAUUGGAGAUUGUUCG